UCCAAGCUCUGUCAUGGCGGCAUCCCGGCCUCAAGCCGGUGUGUGGAACCGAGAUGUUGAGCUUUUUGUCCGCUCGACAGUCGGGGUUGGAGGACCCUCUUCGCUUGCGUAGAGCGCAGUCUACACGGAGGGUCCUGGGCCUGGAGUUAAACAAAGACAGGGAUGUUGAAAGAGUCCACUGCAGCGGAGUCAACACUCUGGACAUUGAACCUGUCGAAGGACGAUACAUGUUGUCAGGUGGUUCCGAUGGUGUGAUUGUACUCUAUGACCUUGAGAACGCCAGCAGACAGCCCUAUUACACAUGUAAAGCAGUGUGUUCCGUUGGCAGAAGCCAUCCUGAUGUCCACAAAUACAGCGUGGAGACGGUUCAGUGGUAUCCUCAUGACACUGGCAUGUUCACAUCCAGCUCAUUUGAUAAAACUCUGAAAGUAUGGGAUACAAACACAUUGCAGGCUGCAGAUGUGUUUAAUUUUGAGGAAACAGUUUACAGUCAUCACAUGUCCCCAGCAGCCACCAAGCACUGUCUGGUAGCAGUUGGAACUAGAGGACCCAAGGUACAGCUUUGUGACUUAAAGUCUGGAUCCUGUUCUCACAUUCUACAGGGUCACAGACAGGAAAUAUUGGCAGUUUCCUGGUCACCACGCUAUGACUAUAUCUUGGCAACAGCAAGCGCUGACAGUAGAGUAAAAUUAUGGGAUGUGAGAAGAGCAUCAGGAUGUUUGCUUACUCUUGACCAGCACAACGGGAAAAAGUCACAAGCUGUUGAAUCAGCAAACACUGCUCACAAUGGGAAAGUUAACGGCUUAUGUUUUACAAGUGACGGGCUUCACCUGCUCACGGUUGGCACAGACAACCGAAUGAGGCUCUGGAAUAGCUCCAGCGGGGACAACACACUGGUAAACUACGGGAAAGUGUGUAACAGCAGCAGGAAAGGGCUGAAGUUCACUGUCUCCCAUGGCUGCAGCUCAGAGUUUGUGUUUGUUCCCUACGACAGCACCAUUGCCAUGUAUGCAGUCUACUCAGGAGAGCGGCUCGCCAUGCUUAAGGGACAUUACAAAAGUGUCGACUGCUGUGUGUUUCAGCCUAAUUUCCAGGAACUUUACAGUGGUAGCAGGGACUGCAAUAUUCUCGCUUGGGUGCCAGCUUCAUAUGAACCAGUUCCUGAUGACGACGAUGAAGCUCCAACCAAAUCGAGGUUGAACCCAGCAUUCACGGAUGCCUGGAGCAGCAGUGACGAGGACGGGUGACUUCAGCCUGGGGCCUCAGCUUCUUGUUCCAUCAGACUUCCACAGCAGUGUUGUGUGCACUUCAGCACGGGGCUGGUCUUUCCAUUGUUGUUGGUUUUGAGACAGUGUCUCACUGUGUAACCCUGGCUAGCCUGGACUAGCCUGGAACUCUGUAUAGAGCAGACUCGGCUCAGACUUGCAGUCAUUCUCCUGCCUCUCCUCCUAGGUGCUGAGGUGUGUACCACAUGACCCGUGGCCCCUCCUGUGCGUGUGCUUAUUUAUUUCAUUGUUUUUUAAACUCUUCUGUCAGUUUCUAGCCUGUUAAACCUGAAUUUAGUAUAUUUCCCUCUGCGUUUUAAAAUGAGAUUAAUAUGUAUAAAACCCUGAAAUAUACUUUUCUAUAGGUUAAUUAAUCAAAGCAUGUUUCCUUGAGCCCACUCGCCACGGUGGUGGGCCAGCCCCUAAGGGCACAGCCCAAGAACACAGCACAAGCACAGCCAUUCUUAGCUGGGGAUGUGCAGCUUUGUGCAUCCGAGGAGCUGAAAGGUGUGGUCUCAGAGGAAGGUGUCAGCUCUGACUCCUCUGACUGCUGUCCGCCUGCCCUUCCCACCUCCAGGGAGGUUUUAGCAAGGAUAAUUAGAUAAAUGAUGCUUGUUGUUGCAAAGGUGACAUCAUAACUCUGUUACCUUUACUCAGGUUGAAUGGCUUCAUGUGAUGGAGCGUCUUCUCCCUUGUGUUGAAUGUUACCAGCUCAUGCAUCUGACAUCUGAACAUUGUACCACAUGGGCAAUCCCUGACCGCUUUGUAUUUCUUUCAGAGGGCAGCUUGCACUCAGUCUCAAUUCCUUUCUAUGAAACUCAGCAGGAUCCAUGUAGGGAUCUAGAUUAAACAUGAAAUGGACCAUUGUUCUUUUCUUGUGUCAACUCAGGAGUGAUUAUUAUAAAGACUCCCCCACUCCUGUGUGCGUGAGUGCCUGCGUGUAUACAUGUCAGUUUCUGUUCUUGUAUGCAUGUCAAUUUCUGUCCUAUUGCUGUGAUAAAAUGCCCUGAACAAAGACAAUGUAGGAGAGAAAGCAUUUAUUUCAGUUAAUAAUUCCAGGUUAUAGUCCUUCACUGUGGGAAAAUCAGGACAGAAGCUUCAAACAGCUCGCCUCUCAGUCGAGAGGAGUGCAUGCACGAAGCCUUUGCUGCACAGCUGAACUGAGAGGGCCUCACAGAGAGCAGUGUCUUCUCUAACUGAAAUUCUUUUCAUGCUGUGUGCUGAAAAGUUCAUCUAAAACAGACAAGGAAAAAAAUAGAAAAUAAACUUUAGAGGAAGUUAUGGAAACAAGCCUCGAGUUAAUACCAACUGUAACAUCCAAAUGACCUUCUGGCUGGCAUGAACUUGGUGCCUGACGAGGGCAGUGGGCACAGCGAGGGGUGUGUUUGCAGUGACACAGUAGUCACCUUUUUCAUCUCCAGAAUCAAAUGCCUGACAAAGGAGGAAGCGCUCAUUCUAGCAGACAGUCUGAAGGUACAGGAUACCAUGGUAGAAAGGAACAGAUUGUAGGAGCAACCACAGAAGCAAGCCGACAAGGCACAGACAGGACAGGAAGCAGGGUCAGGCAUAACUGUCAAGAUUCCUCCCUGAAGGUGAAUUCAACUUCCUCCCCCUAGGCUCCACUUCCCAAAGAGUCUGCAGUCUCAGAAAAACAGCACUGCCAGCUAGGGACUAAAUGUAAAUACUUGAACAUACAAGAGGCAAUGGGGACAUUUCAUAUUCACUGAGACAUUCCACCACUGGUCCCCGUAGGUUCACGGCCAUCUCGUAAUGUAAAAUGCAUUCAGUUCAACUUCGAAAGUCCCCAGACUCCUUCAAAUCAGUACUUGAAAACCCCAAUAUCUCCCCAUCCCUGCAGAAUAAACAAGUAACCAUUCCCAUUCCAAAGCAGGGGCGUGGAGCUAUAACAAGGAAAGGCUGGACCGAAGCAAGCUCCAAACCAGCAGAGGGAAGGAAACUCAAGUCCAUGCCUGCGCCCGGCCCUGCUGUGGCAUCCUGGCUUCACGCUCGGCCCCAUUCUUCAGAUCUGUUGCUGGCAGCUCACACGGCCUUUCCCAGUCCAGUCCACCCAACGCCUGGGCCUUUUCUUUCCUCAGUAGACAUGCCACAUUCUGACAUCUGCUGGAUCCUUGGGUCUCCACUGUAACUUAAACUUCACCUUUACAGUUCACACACGGCCUUUGGGGAGCUCCAUGCAAGGAAUCUGGAACCUUCGGUGGCUCUUCUGCAAUCUUGGUGCGAGCUUCCAUGAUACAUAACUUGCAUUUUGCAGGGUCAGAAAAGCACCAAGUGCUGAUGUUCUUUGCAGAGGUAGCCUGGCACUCUUCCUGCCAUGGCUGCAGCAGCUUCCAUGUAAUCUCCGAAUAGGGAACCCUGCAGAGGCUCUCUCGCUUCAGCCCCCUCCGCUUUCUAAAGGGCUUUCAGGUUGAUAUAGAGGGACUUAGACCAGUGGGGCUUUACCCUCCCAGCAGUCGGGUGCAGUUUGAGGAUUCUCUCUAUUGUCACUCAUCUUACAACUAGAGCAGCUCUUCCCAGACCCCUCUGCAAGUUUAAGCUCUUUUGUGCUUCUUUGUUGAAUAACUAGAUUUAUCAUCUCUCUGCUUUCUUACUGUAAAGUAAAUCUGGAUAGUG